GAGAAGUCAUGUGAUCUGUCCAGUGGCAUGUUGCGGUGUUUAGAGAGAUGGGUCGUUUUCCGAGUCAACGCUGAGGGAUGUUUUUGAGCCAAGCUACCGAUCGCCGGGCCUUAGCAAGGCGUUUGCGGUCUGUCUGAAGGGUGGGGGACGCUUCUGUUGCGUUGGCUCAGUUCAAUAAGCCUCCUUAUCUGCGGUGGGGGACAAACUUAGCUCGACACUCGCUAAACAAACCUGACAUUUUCCCCCAUUCCGUCUUAGAGUUGCUGUCUAGGGUCGGAGUAAGCAGAAGUUACUCUUGGCAGGCACUGAAGCCCUCGGACCUCGCUGCUGACUCACAGCUUGUGUGGACUUUUAUGUGCCACCAUGAAGCAAACUGCGCUGUGGACGGUUUGUUUUUUGUUCUACGCCUGUGUUUGUCUGCACUCCCCGUCAGGAACCGCACAUCCGCUUCGAGAUGAAGACCGAAGAGCUGACAUUACGUUUGUUGAUGCGAUUUCCAAGUUUCGGGUUGGGGUCUCCUGGCGAAACGUCAGCUGCUGGCUGUGUGAAGCAGUGUUUGCCAUCAUAGACGUGGCUCUGAUGAACGAAGCCAACGUGGAACGUGUGGCGCAGGCGGCGGGCGAGACCUGCGUGCGCCUCCACCUGGCCGAGGAGCAUGUGUGCCGGCAGAUCACAGAGCUUUUCCGCGACGACGUCAUCAAUGCACUGCAGCGGUCGGUGCUGUCGCCGUCCGAGGCCUGUGCCGUGCUGGUGGGGCGUGCCUGUGGUCAUUUCGAUAUCUACGCCCCCUGGAACGUCACCCUGCCGCCCAGGCCCAAACCCCCUGUGGUGCCCCCGUCCCCUCCCCGGCCUGGCUCCCCCCAGAGCCGGGUGCUGUUUCUCACAGAUGUGCAUUGGGACAAGGAAUACGUGGCGGGCAGCCCAGCCGACUGCAAAGAGCCUCUGUGUUGCCGGAAUGACUCUGUGGUGUCGCGAUGGCCUCUUCGCCGUUCCGCAGGAUUUUGGGGGACCUACAGCAAAUGCGACCUCCCACUGCGCACCGUGGAGAGCCUGUUAGAGAACGCAGCCCGGGAUGGACCCUGGGACUGGGUCUACUGGACCGGAGAUAUCCCGGCCCACAACGUGUGGGCCCAGACACGGGACCAGCAGCUGCACGAGCUCGCCCUUGUGUCGCAGCUCAUCCGCAAAUAUCUAGGCCCCAAUGUGACUGUGUACCCAGCUGUGGGGAACCACGAGAGCACUCCUGUCAACAGCUUCCCACCGCCAUUCAUCCACGGGAACCAGUCGUCCAGCUGGCUCUAUAACACCAUGGCUGAGGAGUGGGCCCCCUGGCUGCCACCAGACGCAUUGCACACUCUCCGGCGGGCUGGAUUCUACACGGCGCAGGUCCAGCCGGGCCUUAGGGUUGUCUCCCUCAACAUGAACUACUGCGCCAAGGAGAACUUCUGGUUGCUGGUGAACUCCACUGACCCGGCCGACCAGCUUCAGUGGCUCAUUGGCAUCCUGCAGCAGGCAGAAGACAAGGGGGAGAAGGUGCACAUUAUCGGUCAUAUCCCACCCGGACUGUGUCUCAAGAGCUGGAGUUGGAACUACUACCACAUUGUCAACAGGUAUGAGGGCACCAUUGCAGGGCAGUUUUUUGGCCACACCCACAUGGACGAGUUCCAGAUGUUUUAUGAUGAGGAGACCCUGACACGCCCCGUGGGCGUGGCCUUCAUUGCCCCCAGUGCCACUACCUACAUCAACUUGAACCCAGGUUACCGCGUGUACUAUGUGGACGGGCAUUAUCCAGGAAGUUCCCGCUUUGUCUUGGACCAUGAGACAUACAUUCUCAACCUGACAGAGGUCAACAACAACUAUUCCCAUGGCCCUACUCCCAGUCCCAAAUGGACCCUGCUCUACCGGGCCUCUGAAGCAUACGGUCUGAACAGCCUCUUCCCGGCAGACUGGGACAAGCUAAUUGGGAGGUUCCUUGCUGAAGACCUGGUCUUCCAAAAGUUUUGGUACCUAUUCCACAAGGGCCAUGUAUCAGAGCCGUGUGUGAACACCUGCAAGACCACACAGGUGUGUUACCUGCUCAGUGGGCGUUCUGAUGACCCAAGCAAGUGCCAGCAUUUGCCCUUGGAGGUCAGGGAGACGGGGAGGAUCCCAAGAAAGAGACACUGCUGAGUUGUAUAGGUGGAACGAGGCGAUUCACAGGGUGAGAGGACAUCCCAUUGAGGAAAUCCUCUAAUGCCUUUGUUUGGGUGGUGGUGGGGAAGGGCAGGGCUAAUGGAAAUUGUAAAGUAUGUCUGCACCUGACUCCCCAAAAUGCUGUACAAAAUUCAUGCAUGAGUCCAUGAUGGGAAUUAUUUUCAGGUGCUUCACUCACCUGCACUCUGACCCCUGUUAUUCACCAGGAGAACGGGUCUCUUUGUCUGCCAUUUGCACUUCAUGGCCGCAGCUGUAGACCCAUGGCCAUCAGCUAAGCCGUUACUGGUGUGCGCUGUGUAUAGAUAUCAUACCCUUUCAGCAUUAACCAAAAACAAGCUAUCGGCAGGAAUUGCAACACGAAGCAGCUGCUGUGUGAUGUAGCAUGGCUGGCACUUCCUAAUGAAUAUAUCAUUUGAUAAUGUCAAUGCUACCAAUCUCCAUGAGGAAUGGGGGGGGGGUUGUUUUUCUUUUUUUCUUCAAAUCGUUGUUGCACUUUUAAACCCCUAAUGCAUUAAAGUGAAUGACUCUCGCAGAGAAAUGAUUCAAUUCUCCAUGUACACUAUAUGGACAACAGUAUUGGGACACGCCUCUUAAUCAUCGAAUUCGGGUGUUUUAUUCAGACCCAUUGGCACAGGUUUAUAAAAACAAGCAUGGGUUGUUCUGAAGAGCUCUGUGGAUUCAAGCGUGGUACAGUCUCAGGAUGCCAUAAGCACUUUCACACCCACGGUCUGGAAGCUGAUCCUGCUUGUAUGGACCUGAAACUUUUUUGUGAGUGACCUUUACUCUAGAUAUCCAUGGGAGAUGCAAUAAGUUUGUAGGUUGAACUUCACAGAUAAUUUCAUACAAAACUAAACUCCAUGGCAAAACAAUGGAGGAUAAAUAAGCCAUUUUGUUAGUUGUUAGUUAUUAUUGUGGGGGUCAGUCAUGAUCAAAAUGGGGCACAGCCUUUCGUUUAUAUUUUACUUGUUUGACCCACAACAUUUUCAUGAUUCUUGUUAACUAAGGGCCAUUAUCAGUAUCAGUGCCUGACCUCACAAAUGCUCUUCUGGAUGGAUGGGUGACAAGGUAGAGAGGCGCACGCCAAGAUCUUGUGGAAAGCUGCCCCAGAAGAGUGGCUGCUGAUAGAGCUGCAGAGGGGGGACCAGCUCCAUAUUGCUGUUAUUAAUAGUGAUUGGCAUGGUGGGGCUCAAAUGUUCCUGUAGCUGAACAAGUCGGGCAUUAUGCAAACAAUGUAAAGGCUGUGGGUUUGAAUCCCACAGAAAUGGUUUUGGAAAAAAUAUCAGAUAAUUGAGACAAAUAAGUCUUUGGGGGGGGGGGUGAUUGCAGAUGAUAAGAUUUGCUAUGGAAUGCAGGGGGACAACAAUUCAGUCCAGAUUAAGUUGCAUUUUGGACUAGAGUCCACUCUGAUGCAGCUGGUAGAUUGAACUUUAUUGUGAUUUUACAGCACGAGUGAACUUUACUGUGAUUAUUAUCUAUCUCUUCUGUGCAUUAAAUGUCAUUGUACCGUCUUGAUUAUUUGCUCAAUAGGCCCCAGAUUUUUUCCUUUUUAUGAUUUGCAGAGGUGUAUCGUUCCAGUUCAAAAAGUAAAAAUUCAGGCCAAGAUUUUGUUUCAACCAACCAGUUAAGAUAGAGCCUAUCCUGGAGGCCAUGGGUGCAAGGCAGGGAACAACCCAGGAUGUUACACCAGCCAGACACACUCACACACCAGUCACUCACACUGCACACCUAUGGGCAAUGUGAUAACUUCAGUUAGCCUCAGCCUGUUUUUGGACUGUGGGGGGAAACCAGAGUACCUGAAGGAAACCCCGACAAAGGCACAGCGAGAUCAUGCAAACUCCACACACAUGGAGCUAUGGCAGAGACUCGAACGCUGGUCCUAGAGGUGUGAGGUAACUUCUAACCAUUGCAUCACCAUUCUGUCCCUGUUAAAAUAACAAUAAAGAGUAAUUAUUAAAUUGA